GUUUUGUGUUUUUUCUCGUUGGGGGGAAAAGUUGACUAGUGGUGAUACUACACGAUCAUAGUUGACCUUUCAAGAUGAAGUCAGCAGGGAAUAAAGCAAACGAAGUUAUCCUCAGUUCGCCCGAAGACGACGACGGUAAUAUCACGCAGCCUUUCGCGUCGGCGGCCAUCCAAAGCUCUCCCUCACAAAGCGGUCCAGGUGAAGAGGGCCCGAGUCAACAGGAAGAAGACGGCGUGUUGUCAACAUCAGAUGAGGUUGCCUCCCUCACAUUCACGCCUUCACCUGGGCAGCCACAGCAGUACCGAAGCUCCCGUGUGCUGCCACUCCUCUCCACAGACGUGAUCCCCGGUACAGCCGAAGAUGGAGCCGUCGGAGCCGUCGUGUGGCCCUCCCCUGGCGGGGCCGGGGGUGAAGAAGAUAAUAAGUCCUCUGCGGUGCCUACCCCAGAGUCGGUAAAACGUUCUUUCCUGGCAGUAUCCACUGCAAUAACAUGUCUGGGUCUAGAAGAAGUGUGCAAGAUGUGUCAUGCAUCUCGCGGACCACUGGAGUGCAUGCAGAAGCAUUACAGAUUUUGCGAUGUCAAUUCCGCAUAAGCAAUGCGCCUUUUUCUUAGGAAGAAGGGGGCAGCUGUUGAUGGGGUAUAGACAACGAACCUGGAUGAACUUUGUGUGGUCGAGACUUCGCAUGACAAGUUACUAUACACCCUUCCAGAUGAAGAUCCAGACAUAUUUGCGGCGCAUAUGCUGCGUCUUUGCUCACGACCGGACCCGCGGGAAAAGCGCCCAGACCACCAGUCGCACAGGCGUCGCCACUGACGGAGCUUUACAAGCGCAGGGACGCAAUCACUCAGCACUUCAAGGAGCAGCGCCAACAACUGCAACAAAGGGAAGAAGAUGAGCUGCACAAGGUGGAUGCGCUGAUCCGACAGGAAGAGAGACGUGCUCGGCGCAACAUGCUCGAGAAGCAGUCAGAUCUCGAAGGUGAGCACGUGAAGUUGGUGGGGCGUGUGGGGACAGCGGAACUGCACAGCGGGGCUGCGAAUGAACGGGCUCUGCGGAUCGAAGCGGACCUGCUUGGGCUUCAGGAGAAAACCACAGCCGCCGUCGCGGACGUGAACGCCCGCCAGGACGGGUUCGAGCAGGAGACCAGGGAUGGUUUCAGCAGUGUGGCCUCCCGCCAGGACGGCUUCGAGCAGGAGACCAGGGACGGUUUCAGCGGUGUAAACGCGCGCCACCAGGCCUUCGAGCAGAAGACGAUGAAGGAGUUGAAAACCGUGAACGAGCGCACUGACGCAGUGGAGAAAGAGCAAUCGGCACUGAAGCAGCAACUGAAAGUAAAAACGGAUGAUUUUUUGGAUUGCUUGACCCUAUGCAACAUCGUAGAUGUGUCUGGGCUCUCUGGAAGACAAAUGCAAGGUUUGCCACCCUCGUCGUCGGCAAAGAAUGUCAGUCCUCACAAGUUUGUCAUGCGCGUUUUACCAAAAGGAAUAAUUUAAAUUUACUGCACUUUCACGCAGAAUGGGCAGUGACGCUGCAGAAACUCGAAAACUUGUCAUGCUUGUCCGUCAAUUGUGAUGCUCCACCCAGCAUGACAAGUUUUUCUUUCCAGACCCAGACACCAGAUUUGCACCGUUCGAUACACCCGGUGCGGGAACGACAUGCGCAAGCUCGAGCAGAGUUUCCGCGGGGAGGCGGCACGCGUGUGGGAAGAAAUAGAGGACAAAAUCUUCAACGCUACGUCGUCGCUUCGCGACAACGUCACCGCGCUGAAGGGUGAAGUCGGGAAGGUCGGAGACAGGCAAAUCGCGGACCGCAGUGCCCUGGAACAGCAGUUCGCCCAGGCCUGCCAGCAGCUACAGAGGGCCCUGCAGGAAACAAACACCAGUUGUAAGCAAGUCGCGCAGGAGAAUAGCGACGCAAUCAAACACUUGUACCUGUACGUCGACGAGAUUGGGACGGCAUUGCGGGAGGAUUUGGACAACAUGGGUGAACGACAAAAGGCAGAGGCGCAGAAAAUUACACAGGUAAGGAUAUGUUUUUAUGCAAAUGAAAUGUAAAGACGAUCUCCACAAGUAGAUGACUGGUUGCUCUACAAUCUGCAUACACAAUACGAAACUUCCAAAUCUCAUGACAGGACACUAUCCAGCAGCGCAACCAGCUCAACAACGAUUUUCGAGAGGCAUUGCGGCAAGGUAAGCGGUCCGAGAUUAUGAGGCGGGCUGGCGAGUCGCGAAGACUUCUGUGUAGCUGGUUUUCUUCAGAACACCUGCCGACGCCGACCCAGAUUUUCAAUUUUCUCGAGGAGAACAGCGUACAUUUUCGAAAGCUUUUGCCUGUGGGGUGGAAUGAUUGAGGAAAGCCCUUAUCGUGUCUUCAGCCCUAAAUUUGACAAAAACUCGGUUCUAUGUAUAGAAGUCAGAUACAGAUUCCGAAAAGAAAAAACCGAAAUAAAAAACAUACAACAGGACUCACAUCACGACGUCGUGAAAGUCCGCCUGGUGUUGGAGCGGGCGCGAAGCUUCAUCGCCAAAAAAAACACUCAUCAGAAUGUCGUCGAUAUUUUGGCGGACCUGCUCUCCCUCCGCGGUGAAUAUCAAAUUCUGCUGACGGCACAAGAGGAAGCAGAGAAGCAAGCGAGGGAACACCUGAGCAAGCAGACUACAAUCACACCCUCGGACGACGGAGACGAAAACCAGUCGAAUUCUGUGUAAGAGCAGCACGAGGCUGUAUCACACUGAACCUGGACGAGGCGAAGCUGCAACCCCAGAUGUAGAACAAAUAUUUUUCUCGAGGAAUCGAAACUAAACCCACUUCCUUCUCCUUCUGACUCCUUCAUCUACUUCCUCUACCCGUGACUCCUGCACAAGAAGCUGCUCUUACCGCCCCGGUCAGCACGGAACAAUGUUUAGUACAGCUACAACCACACCAAUGUUUACAGCUUCUCCACCUAUCGAGCCGUUAAAUGACGAAGUACAAUUUGAACGAACUUCCACGAUGCCGGAGCUCCUUGUAAAACUCGACAUGAAAUUAUGAGAACUUUCCCAGCAAAUAGGAGAAUACCACCCCUAGCAGUCCCCCCCCUGUGCUAAGUAGCAAGAUGAUGACGAUGAUAAGAAUGAUACCCUCUGUAUUGUGAAAAACGUGCGACGGGCGUGCAAAUGAAACUUCACAAUUCGCAAUUUCUACUCGCGCC